UGAUCCUUAUAAUCUUUUCACUUUAUUUCAGAUCUGAGCACUUGGAUCUAACCAAAUCUUGCAAGAAAAUUACUGAGAGCAUAUUUAAUCAUGGGAACUCCUGGAUCAGGAAGGAAAAGAACUCCUGUGAAAGAUAGGUUUUCUGCAGAAGAUGAGGCUUUGGGUCAUAUUGCUAGAGAGGCAGAAGCACGGCUUGCAGCCAAACGUGCAGCACGAGCAGAAGCAAGGGAUAUACGCAUGAGAGAAUUGGAACGACAACAGAAAGAGCUUUCUCGACGUUCUUAUGAUAGAAAAUGGGGACAUAUCCAAAGGUGGAUGGAAGAUUCAGAGAAGGCUAGGGAUUCACACAGGUCCAGCCGGCGGUCAUACCUGGGUGCUGAUGACUUGGUGUCCACUCGAACUACUGGUAGCCACAGGAGCACCUCCUUGGAUGCCACUGGGUCACACAGGAGCAGAGCAAGUACUUCCAGGCGAAGAGAUCUUGUGAGCCAUGCUCAUGGAGACUCUUAUGGUGCGAAGAAGUCUUCUAGCUCUAAUAAAGAUCUUUUGAGUGGAUUUUACCAUGACCAACGAAACUACAGCAGCCUUAGGCAUAGCAAACCACUUUCUACCUACCAUCCUCGGUCAUCUUCUCUAUACAGUGAUCCUUUGGCAACAACUAAGAAUUACAGGGUGUCUCCAGAUGUAAACACUGGUUUGAUAAGAAGUGCCAGUUUGGCAUCGUUAAGUGGUGAUGGAUUCUAUAACCCAUAUAGUUAUCGUACACCUUCAGAAUACAGUUGUUACUCUUCAAGAGCAAGUUCAGCUCGAAGUAGUCCAGUGUUUACAGAUGAUGAAGCAGGGAGCAUUGCAUCCUCUGAUCGUGCUGUUCGAGGCAGGAGGGAUAGUGUGUCAACUGAUUUUUCUGAUCAUAGUGAAACUGCAGCUGAUUAUUUUAGCCGCUCUAAUCGUAGGGGAAGCAUUGUUUCUGACUUGGAUGAUGUCAGCAUUCCAGACAUGAACAGUCUGGAAGAAAAGAGUGACAGGCCAUAUUCUGACUUGUAUUCAAGGCCAGCGUCUCGCAAUUCAGCAACUCCUUUGAGUGGAAACUCAUCUAGACGAGGAAGUGGCGAUACUAGCAGCCUAGUGGAUCCUGAUACCUCCUUAAGUGAAUUGCGGGAUAUCUAUGAUCUUAAGGACCAGAUACAAGAUGUAGAAGGGAGAUACAUGCAGGGACUUAAAGAACUAAAGGAGUCACUUGCUGAAGUUGAGGAGAAAUUUAAAAAAGCAAUGGUUUCUAAUGCCCAACUGGAUAAUGAGAAAAAUAACUUAAUCUAUCAAGUGGAUACUCUAAAGGAUGUCAUUGAGGAAAGAGAGGAGCAGUUAGCAGAAUAUUACAGAGAAAAUGAAGAUAAGACAAAGGAAUUGGAAAGGCAGAAACAUAUGUGCACCGUUCUGCAGCAUAAGAUGGAUGAACUUAAAGAGGGUCUUCGCCAGAGAGAUGAACUAAUAGAGGAGAACCAACGCAUGCAACAGAGAAUAGAAUCUAUAACCAAAGAGGUGUUUGACCUCCAGGAAACAGUUAAUUGGAAAGAUAAAAAAAUUGGGGCCCUAGAGAGACAGAAAGAGUACUUUGACUGCAUUAGGAUUGAGCGGGAUGAGCUCAGAGAUGAGCUGGCUGACCUGAAGGAAACAAUGAAGACAGGAGAGAAGCAUGGAUUAGUUAUCAUCCCAGAUGGCACUCCAAAUGGUGAUGUCAACCAUGAACCAGUAGUUGGUUCAAUAACAGUUGUAUCGCAAGAAGCUGCUCAGGUCUUGGAAUCCGCAGGAGAAGGACCACUAGAUGUUAGGCUACGAAAGCUAGCGGGAGAAAAGGAAGAGUUAUUGUCACAGAUUAAAAAAAUGAAAUUACAGUUGGAGGAAGAACGGCAGAAAUCCUCUGGAAAUAAUGGCACAAAUACUAAUUUAACGGGAUUGGAAAACGGUUCAGAUUUGCAGUUUAUUGAAAUGCAGAGAGAUGCCAACAGACAAAUAAGUGAAUUCAAGUUUAAGCUUUCAAAAGCUGAGCAAGACAUAACUACUCUGGAACAAAAUGUUGUAAGACUUGAAGGACAAGUAGUAAGAUAUAAAACUGCUGCUGAGAAUGCAGAAAAAGUAGAAGAUGAACUCAAAGCAGAAAAGAGAAAACUUCAGCGAGAGUUAAGAACAGCAUUGGACAGGAUAGAAGAGAUGGAGAUGACCAACAGUCACUUAGUAAAACGGUUGGAGAAAAUGAAGGCAAACAGAACUGCACUCCUAUCUCAACAGUAGAAAGAAAGUUUAAAAAAUUGCACUGCUCCUUGAAAACUUGUCCCUAGCUUGUUUUAAUACAGACUUUCUUUGGCACAAACUUUGAACAUUUGAGUUGUUCAAUGAGUUUUAGUUUCAUAAUUAAGUGGCAAAUAUUUUGUAACAAUUGGAUGGAAAAAAAACUUUGAAUUUUUAUGCGAAUGAGUUUUGCAGCUUAAUUCUAGUCAGCUGGAGCCCAAUGCUGUUAUUUCACAAUUGUGAAAGAAAAAUGUAUUCAUUGAAACUCUCUUCCACUGCUUUAAUAAUGCUUGGUGCUUGGAGACAACUGCAUGAAUUCAAGUGAAUGCUGCAUUACAAAUUAACCAAUUAUGUGCUGAAGACAUCACAUGGCACAAGUGCCUUCUAUAUGGUGCAAUGUAGACUUCAAUGAUUAAGAUAACCUUUGGAAUCAUAACAUUUAUUUUAAGAUACCUUUGGGGGUUCUAUGUUUGCUAAACUUUAUACAUUUUGAUGGAAAACACUUUUGUAAAAUAUUUAAAUUUAUAUAAAAUAGAAAUGACUGUAUAAAAUUUGCUUUAUUGCAUGGGUGAUGCACAACCUGAGUUUAGACUUCCUAAAGUACUAUUUGUAACUACUCUUUAUGUAAGAGUAGUGACUUACGUUUUGCUGUACAUUGUAAACCUGGUGUUGGCAGCUGCUGAAGCGUGGAAUGGAACACUGGGUGGGUAGGAGAAAUGUGGUGAAGGAUACAAACAUUAAAUGGACAAUUUGCUUAACAAAAUGAA